AUGCGGCUCACUGGAAAGACUAUGAAGGAUCGCUUGAUUCGCUACAGACGACAAUACUCUUGUACAAAGACUUGGCUAGGUGGCACUGGUGCAGGUUUAAGUGAAGCAGAACGUCUCCGAGGUCAACCAUCCACUUCACGGCAACCAUUCAAUCCAUCUGUCAAUUUUGAUCAUUAUCAAAACGCAAACCAUGCACUAUUAGCUACCAACGAUUAUGAGAGACAUCAGUCAGAGCUAGCUAUCCAGAGAUUCACUCAAUCUUACGCAGACUUUGCACAAGGAUCGCAGCCGACUAUCCCAUAUUCAUGGGAUGACCCUUUUUUUCACCCAAAUAAAGAACAAUCAGCCGAAAUAUGGAAGCAACUGGCUGAGACCGACAGAAGACAAGAAGAAGACUUAAACAACAGAUUUGUUCAAAGCCCGAUCAAGGAUUUGUAUAUUCCACCUCUGCCACCCGCAAUCAUUCCUCCUAACUAUAACAACCGCAUGGUUACAGCAAACUUCUCGCCUAUUCUCUCUCCAACUGACAAUCAUCAAAGAAAUCCUGGGGAACUCGAUGACCUGUGCUUGAAUUUCAACGAUGAAGGAGCACAAGAUGAUGAGGCUCUUGAAAAUGAAAACGAACAAAUUGAAGAAGAAAUGGAACAGAUUCAGAACACGCAACAAACUCAAAAUUCAUCCAAGAGUAAUCAAAAUUUGCCCAAGAAGAGGAGCCGAGCUAAGCAACCUUCUUUCUAA